GUCAGCAGUGUGGAAGCCGUGUCAAUGCGAAGGUCUUUGCGUAAUGCGGCAAACACGUUUCCGUGACUAGCAUAGUUAUUAAAGCAGGCACAGAGAGCGCUGCCUUCUACAUCGGCUAGACAAAACCGGGCAGCAUGUCUAACCCGCUUCCGACCGAGCUGCAUGGCCUCCAGGAGCUUCGCGAUCACCCGGAGAUAGGAGGAACGGUGUACAAGCAUUACUUAGCAGCAGCAGUCGACUUGGUCGCUGGAACCGCCGGUGGCGCUGCCACCGUGGCAGUCGGUCAACCGCUUGACACAGUCAAAGUGAAGAUGCAGACCUUCCCUGAGUUGUACCCCAGCAGCGUGAAGUGCUUCCAGAAGACUCUUUCUCAGGACGGUGUGCGGGGCUUGUAUGCUGGAACCGUACCCGCCCUAGUGGCCAAUGUAGCAGAGAAUUCGGUUCUCUUCUGUGCAUACGGAGUGUGCCAAAGGGUUGUGCAGAAAUUGGUUCGGAAGCCCACCGUGCAGGAACUGAGCCCCCUGGACAACGCCUCGGCAGGUUUCCUUGCCGCUUUCUUUUCCUCGCUUACCCUCUGCCCCACAGAGCUAGUCAAGUGCAAGUUGCAGUCGAUGCGAGAAAGUGCUCAAGUGAAAGGGGCCACCAAUCAGGCUGGCAUUGGAACGUGGCAGCUUACCAGGCAAAUCUAUAGACAAGAUGGCUUCUUCGGAUUUUUCAAAGGUUUUUCAGCUACACUUGUCAGGGAGAUGCCUGGAUAUUUCUGCUUCUUUGGAGGCUAUGAGGGAGCUCGUUACUUACUCACACCACCAGGAAAGACGAAAGAUGAAAUAGGUGUUGCCAGAACUAUCAUUAGUGGUGGUAUAGGUGGCACGUGCCUUUGGCUCUCUAUCUUCCCUGCUGAUGUUAUCAAAUCUCGCAUUCAGAUCUCUGGAUCCAAUGAGCCGGCUCUGUCUGUAGCGAGAUCUAUAUUACGUACUGAAGGUGUUCUAGCCCUUUACAAUGGAUUGGGACCAACAUUGUUGAGAACAUUUCCAGCAACUGGAGCCCUUUUUCUUGCAUAUGAGUACACCAGGAAAACACUAAACUCUGCUUUCGGCAUUGAAUAAGAGAUUGUUCUGUUGUUAUCGUUGUGUAUGUGAAUGGCACAAAUAUAAAGACAUGUGUACUAUCGUUGAUGUUGCA